GUAUAAAUGGGACUUACUUCCCUUCUAUCAGAUAUAUCCAUUUCGGUUUGCUUGUCUGUGCGGGUGUGCAGGCUCUCUGAAUGACUGAGUGAAUUGGUGUGCCUUAUCCAUAAUCCUACCAACAAAGAAAUGACAAUAACAAUGAGCAGAGACUUGUUUUUGUAGAAAUUGCUGUAGAUAGUUCACUCCAUGCAUUGCAAGUUUUAUUCUUACUGUUCUAAGAAUAACUUCUCAAAUAAUGAAGUCCCAGAAGCACUGCAAGAAAACUCCAGCUGAAGGCCAAACACUAUUGGACAUGUGCUUUAAACCAUAAUACAUAUAAACUCAGAAUUGCAGAACUACAAAUUGCUAUGACCUGCCAUUGUGUAAUACAUACAGAAAACCCUUGAAAUGAAACCCAAUGGAAAGAUGGGAGUAUAUUGAGGGCAGAUAAAGUAAUGGAGAAAUGAAGUUGAAAAAUUUUUCCUUAAUUAAAUUGAGUUUUAAAGGAAGAUUUUUAAAACAGUAAAAAGUUACAAAUGACUGAAUUUAUAAAAAUUUCCAUUUGGAAACACUGAAUUUUAGUUUGGUUUUUGAGUGAUAAAAAAUUGAAUCCCUUGGAUUUCUAGGCUUAAUUCCUAUAAACAAGGCAACUAGAGAGCCUUAUUCAGUUUUGCUGAUGAAGAAAUUAAAAAUGUGGCCAGACUCUUGCAAAUUGAAUUUUUUUUUUUCUAAUCGGGUGGGACUUUAAACAUGACAGACUACAUCAACUUUUUCUGCUCUCCCCUCAAAGCUUUCUAUUUCUCUGUACACUACAAAUAUAUCUGUCAUUCAUUGGCAUUAUGCAUUUGUACGUUGAAACCUUGAGAUUUCUGUUCCUUGAAGUUUCCUGACUGUUUAAUCAGUCAGGUAAGUACAUACAAGCUGUUUAAAUUCAUGAAUACAAUAUGAAUCCCUUUUCUCUGAUUUUUCAAAUGUUUCCUGUACUUGAUGACACAUGGCUGGAAAAGUAAUAUUUAAUACUGUGAUAAAAUAGAUUGCCUUGUUUUAAACAAACCAGAUUAAAUUUGAUAAGCUUCAAAGUAAGGAUGAUAAAAAUGUUGGCAAACGACAAGAUGAAAUACUCAAUGAAUUUUGAAAGACUGAACCAUUCUUGUCUCCCAGCAUACCAAAGUUGAUUCACAUGAACUUCACUGCAAUAAUUCUUUCAUUACAAAAGUCUUUAGAACUUCAGUAACAUGUCAGCCAUUAAUGAAGUGAAUUCAGAUUAAAUUUUGAAAAGAAUGCAAGUUUCAACAGAAAUGCAACACUAACGAAACUAAAAAUAGAAACCUGAUUUUGCUACAAGCUCCCUGUCAAAGCGCUUGCCCCACCCCCCUUAGCAAGAGAUUUAGGUAUGACAAAAUUUAGCCCUUCUGGGGUUUUUAAAUUGGUUUUAAAAAAUUCACAUUUUCAGUGCUAUAUACAUUUAAAACUUUAGUGGAAGCAGUAACAGCAUUAUUGAAUACUUUUUGACUAGUAAUUACCAUUUAUGAUAAAUGAAAUUCCUAAAGAUGGGAAUAUUUUUGAAUUAAUUUCUCAACAUUCAAGGAAUUGUUUUCCAUUACAAUUUUUAAUAACACCUGUAGGCUACCAACGUCGCCUUCCUGGCACGUGAAAAGACAUUUGAGCGAGAUCGUUGCCAGUACCGCUGGACUGGCUCCUGUGCAGGUGGCACGUAAAAUACACCAUUUCGAGUGUGGCCUUUGCCAAUACCACCUGACUGGCCUUCGUGCUGGUGGCACGUAAAAGCACCCACUACACUCUUGGAGUGGUUGGCGUUAGGAAGGGCAUCCAGCUGUAGAAACUCUGCCAAAUCAGAUUGGAACCCGGUGUAGCCACCUGGUCCACCACUCCUCAGUCAAAUCGUCCAACCCAUGCUAGCAUGGAAAGUGGAUGUUAAACAAUGACGACCUGUAGGCACUGAUGUAGUCUUGAGAAUAGUCUUGCUUGCAGCAUCAAUAAAAGAGCAAAAGCAAGAAAUAGAAUGUAACUUGAGCUUAUUUGACACUAUUAUGAGAAUCAAGACCUCCUGCUCACAGGCCACUCCAAUGUUCAGUGACUUUUAUAACCCAUUAAAACUAUUCUGUUGGUUCUACUUUCAUUCUGGAUUACAAUUGCCAAACACCUGCUUUUCACACAAUAAACGAUUAGGUCCCGACAACUCGAAUCCUUGACAUUGGCUCGAUUUCUCGAACUCCUUCUCGCACUUUUUGCCGCUAAUAUCUUUGAGAAAGCAUAUCUAAUCAGCAUAACAACCACAGCGGCACAUGUUUUAUUGUCUGUUUGAUGAUAUAAGCGACUUAAGGUGCGCUGAAGUAAAACAUGGCUAGACAGUGGCAUCGCCUACCUUGUACUCGCCUCGAAGUGCAGUUGGAUAUUGUUUUAAGUUGCGGACAGUCAUUCAGAUGGAGCAAAACAAGUCCUUCUACAUGGACCGGAGUAUUUGCCAGCAGACUAUGGCACCUUAAACAAGAAGAAGACAACAUAAUGUACCAAGUAUCGAGUGGAAACCAAAACGACUGCGAGCAAGAAUUAAGGAAUUAUUUUCAACUCCACAUUAGUGUGAAAGACUUGUAUGAAAAAUGGCGUUUAACUGAUCCUGUGUUCUGCAAAACAGUUGGAACGAAAUUCCAAGGGAUACGUGUACUACGACAGGAUCCUGUGGAAAAUCUGUUCUCUUUCAUUUGUUCAUCAAAUAACAACAUAGAACGAAUAACUUUAAUGAUUGAUAAACUCUGCUGUCAUUAUGGAGAGGAAAUUGGCAGUUUUGAAGGGAAAACCUAUUAUAACUUCCCCACUGUGGAUGCAAUGUCUGUGUGUGGUGUUGAAGAAAAGUUAAAGGAACUUGGUUUUGGUUAUCGAGCUGGUUAUAUCAGUAAAAGUGCUAAAUAUAUUGCUUCUUUGGAAAAUGGUGUCAACUGGUUAUAUAACCUUCGUAAUGUGUCAUAUGAGAAUGCUAAAGAAGAACUUCAAAAAUUAACAGGAGUUGGUGCCAAGGUUGCUGACUGCAUAUGUCUAAUGUCUCUGGACAAAACUGGUGCCAUUCCAGUGGAUACCCAUGUUUUACAAAUCACUAGUCGAGAUUAUUUGCCAAAACUUCAAGGGAAAAAAACACUUUCCACGAAAAGCUGCAAUGAAAUAGGUGACCAUUUUCGAAAUAUUUGGGGAGAAUAUGCUGGAUGGGCUCAAGCAGUCCUGUUUGCAUCUGAUCUCAGACAAUUUAAAGAUAAAAAUGAGGAACCACAAACGAAAAAGAAGAAAACUGAAAAACAUAAGAAAACAAAACAGAAAUAAUACUUUUAUCGAAGAUCAUGGUAUCCUCUAAGCCCCUUCCCUUGAAACUGCUGGCUUAAAUCACAAACAAUUAUUAUUCAAUCAAGUUUUGGGGUCAACAAAAUCAACUAUCCCCACUCUACAACAUUUCUGAACCUCUGCCUAUGUAAGAAAUCAUCAUUAUUAUUAUCAUUAUUAUUAUUAAGGUGGGGAGCUGGCAGAAUUGUUAGCAUGCCAGGCAACAUGCUUAACAGCAUUUUACCCAUCCUUACGUUCUGAGUUCAAAUUCCGCUGAGGUCGACUUUGCCUUUCAUCCUUUCAGGGUCAAUAAAUAAAGUACCAGUAAAACACUGGGGUCGAUGUAAUUGACCAGUCCCCUCUCCCAAAAUUUCAGGCCUUGUGCCUUUAGUAGUAAGAAUUAUUAUUAUCAUGAGGGUGAAAUGUUGGCAGAAACAGUGCGGUAUUAAAUUUAAUACUCAACAGUAUUGUGCUGGUUAAAUAAUGUUAUUAGCAAACCAAACCAGAUAAUUUAACUUCAUGGUUUUCAGCCCCUGUUCCUCUUUUCCAAUCAAUAUAAGGCUGGAUUUGGGGAUUUUUCUUCAUACCUGUAAAACAUCACUAUUAUUUUCUUAUUACUUUUAUAUAUGUUUAUGUAUUUUUUUGAUAGUUUUGUAAUAAAAUUUAUUUAAAAAAUAAAA